CGAGAAGGAAAAAUUUUAGAUAACAUUUCGCUGAGCGUUAGGAACUUUGAUCCAUGGAGUAUCUUUGUCAGAUUUAUCUCCCCAAUUGAAUGAUCAUCGUGAAAAGAAAAAAUCGUGUUGCGAAUUCGCAGUUGUAAAGCUAAUGUCUGGAAGACACCCUCUGGGACUAUUCCCAGCUGUUUAUCUAGGCCAUACUCAGCCAUAUUGAAUCAUGCCUCAAUCUCUCAAUCGAAUGUGUAAACGUGCUGCAAAAUCUUAAACAUUCAUUAGAAGCAUGACAAUGUAUAUCACAUUAUUAAUAUUAAUGCUCAAACAUGCGACUUGUCUUGAAAUACGUGCUCCAAGUAUUGCCAUCAUAGGAGGUGGCAUCGGUGGUGCUUCCACCUCACAUUUUCUCACAGAAUUGUUCAAUGGAAGUUUGGAGAUUGACUUGUACGAAGCAAAAACCAUUGGCGGACGUUUGGCGACUGUAAAAAUUGACAAUAAUGAAGUAGAAGCCGGUGGUUCAAUUAUACAUCCUAAGAACAUGUAUAUGCAGAAGUUCGUCAAUCUUUUGGGUUUAGAGCGUAACUUUCUAAGUGAACAAAAGUUUGGUAUAUGGGAUGGAGAUGAAUUUGUAUAUAAGGAAAACUCGUGGUACAUUGUAUCAAUGAUGAAAUUAUUUUACAGAUACGGUUUUCAACUGUAUAAACUUAAAAGACACAUAGAUGACACACUAGAAGAUUUCACGAGGAUAUAUAAUCUGCAGGAUGAUGGAAAGGCUUUUCUCAAUGUCACUGCACUGCUAUCAGCUAUGAAUAAAGAAUUCCCAAAGUCAUUGCAAUUGUCUAUAAAGGAUUAUCUUUCACAUAUGGGUUUCACAGAAAGAUUGAUCAAUGAGGUAGUACAAGCUACUACCGUAACAAAUUAUGGUCAGGAUGUCAAUAUUCAGAGUUUUGUUGGUUUGAUAUCCAUAGCUGGAAUAGAUGCUGAUCUAUGGUCUGUUAAAGGUGGAAAUAAAGGAGUACCGGAACAUCUCAUUUAUAGAAAUAAAUAUGUAAAUAUAAUACCAAGCUAUGUUACAAAAAUUCGUAAUAUAGCAGAUAAUGAUUCGAGUCAAUAUGAAGUGACCUAUAUGAAUAAAGAUAGCACAGAUUCAAUGACAUCUACUUACGAUAUUGUAAUUAUUGCUGCACCACUUACACACGACCAAGAAUUUCCGAUAGAAUUUGUCAGUUUUCCAGAUAAUUUAGUCUUUCCAGGAGACUAUCAAACAACAUAUGUGACAUUUAUUAACGGGGAUCUUAAUCCAAAGUAUUUUGGCUUGGAAGAAGCUCUGGAAGCUAUUCUAUGUUGUAAUCUCAACAAAACAAAAAUCAGCUCAAUUGCGGAAGUAAAUUCUGUGGAUGGACCAACUGAAAUAAGUUCGCAAAUUUGGAAAAUCUUUAGCAGAGAACCUCUGGAAAGAAAUCUUAUAAACAGUAUAUUUUCUCAUGUCACUGAAAAGAAGGAGAUUGCUUGGAAAGCAUAUCCCCGCUACUCAAAUACUACAAAUGUACAUUUCGAUAAAUUUAAGCUACACGAUGCGCUAUAUCAUGUCAAUGCAAUCGAGUGGGCUGGUAGCGCAAUGGAAAUGAGUGCAGUAGCUGGAAGAAACGUUGCUAUUUUGGCAUACGAUGAUUUUGUCCAAAAAUAUAACUUUACAUUAAAUAAAGAAGUCUAUAAAAAAUCAACUAGAAAAAGAUCUGUAGAAUUAUAAUAUUAGAUGUAGGUAUUAUAUUGUUUGUAAUAUAAUGAACAAUAUUAUUAAUGUGUAAUGUUAUUAAUAAUAUUAUUAAUUCUUAUACUGUUAAUUACUAUACAUUAAUAAUACUCUUAAUUUUACACUAUUAAUUUUAUACUUUUAACAUAAAUUUUAAACUAUUAUAUACUCUUUAAAUUACAUUAAAAAUAUGUUUAAUGUGAUUAUUUUUAUAUAAUACUCAUGUAAUCACAAAACUAAAAU